AUGGCUCAAACUACUAACGAAAACGAAGCUGUAGUUCGUCGUUUAAGCAAUGAUCUCAAUCAAUUUAGAACGACUCAUCAUUUACCUGAUGACUUAGAAUCAAUGACCGGUGCAAUAAGUCAUCUGCAAAAACAAGCUCAAGAGGUCAUGCGUCAAAAGCCCAAAUGGCAAUCGUACUUUCAAGGGCAAAUGAUUACGAAGGAUGAUUAUGAAUUCAUUUCUCAGUUCGAUCAAUUGAAUGCCGAAGGCCGGGCGAAAAUGUUGAUGGAUCCAAAUAUGCGUACCCAAUGCGCAAAAACAUUUUUAACCUUGAUGGCUAAAUUGUUCAAACAGCAAACGUUGCGAUAUUUAUUGACAUUGAUGGACGAAUGUCUUCGGGAAGAUAAAAGUCGUGUGGAAAUAUUUAAUACGUAUGCUAAGAUGAAAAAAGAACAAUUGUGGUCAUAUUUUUUUAACAUGUUUGCUAAUCAAGACCAAUUUGUUGUUUAUCAAACGAGUCGAAUUAUUGCUAAGCUUGCUUGUUGGAGUGUCGAACGAAUGUCAUCAUCGGAUUUGUCUUAUUAUUUAGCAUGGCUUAAAGAACAACUUAAACCACAAGGCAAUGAAUAUUUACAAAGCGUUUGCCGAAAUCUACAAAUGAUGUUACGCAUUGAACAAUACCGUGAAGCUUUUGUUGCCAUCGAUGGUAUUCCCAGUAUAAUGCAAGUGUUAAACAACGCUUCUGUUGGUUUUCAAGUGCAAUAUCAAUUGACAUUUUGUCUAUGGGUAUUAACAUUUAAUCCAAACAUUGCAGCAAUCAUGUCCAAAUAUACGGUCAUUCCACGACUUGCAGAAAUUCUUGCUGAAACUCAAAAAGAAAAAGUUACACGCAUGAUUGUUGCAUUUUUACGAAAUCUACUGGAAAAACCUGAAAGUGAAAAAGUCAUUCGCGACAAUGCAAUGACAAUGAUUGCCUGCCGACUGGUUAAACCAUUAGAAUUACUUAGUAGUAAAAAAUCGGAUGAUGACGACAUCAACGACAAUAUUGAGUUUAUUAAAGAAAAACUCGAAGGCAAUUUAGAAGAUGUGACAUCAUUUGAUGAAUAUGCAGUCGAAAUUCGGUCGGGCCGUCUUUCAUGGACACCCGUUCAUCAAUCGGAAAAAUUCUGGGUGGAAAAUGCUGCGAAAUUAAACGAAGGAAACUUUGAAUUACUAAGAAUGCUUCUUCGAUUACUUGAACAGAGCAAAGAACCGCUGGUUUUAUGUGUUGCUGCUCAUGACGUGGGAGAAUAUGUUCGACAUUAUCCUCAUGGAAAGAAAGCAAUCGAUAAGCUCGACGGCAAAGUGAUCAUCAUGCGUUUGUUGGAAAAUCCGGAUUCAAAUGUUCGUUACCAAGGUUUACUUUGUGUUCAAAAACUAAUGGUUCAUAAUUGGGAUUAUCUUGGCAAACAGGCCGAUGCCAGCGCUGGUAACAAUACGACAAACAAUAACCUAGGACAACGACCACUGGAAUCACGCGCUUAA